AUGUGGCGCCUCCUCGCGGCGCUCCUGCUGGCGCCCGCAGCAGCAACGACGCCGCUGCGCUUCGCCUACGACCCCCAGGGUCACCCCUUUGACGUCGCCUGCGCGCGGGACCUCUUCGGCGCCGCGGGCGUCGACGUGCGCUGCUUCGAGCUCGCGGACCCGUACCUGGCGCUGGACAACGGCGAGGCGGACGUCGUCGUCGUGGACAGCACGACCUUCGGGUCCAUGGUCGGCGCCGGCGUCGACGUCCUGGGCGUCUACAUCGCGCACGGCACGGGCCAGUCCGAGGCCUUCGUCGUCUACGGCUGGAGCACGCACUUCCACCUCGACUUCGCCCAGUCCUACCUGCCCUCCUUCGACAUCGCGGAGUCCGGCGGCGUGAUGCGGCUCUACACGGUGACGCUCGGGGCAGGAAAAAGGGCGUGGAAGAGCGGCGCGAUCGACGGCGCGUUCUGCCGGGCCGAGCUCUGCGAGGAUUUGUACGCCGACGGCGCGCGGCUCCUCAUGUCCGCGUCCCUCUUCGGCUCCUACUCGCAGCCGACGUGGACCAUGCUCGUGACGUCGCGCGCGUUCGCCGCGGCGCGCGGCGACGACCUCGCCGCGUUCCUCGGCGUCGCCGCGGCGGCCGACGCGCACUACAUCGAGGAGGGCGCCGCGGGCAAGUCGUCCUACUGGCCCGUGCGCCGGGAGGACGAGUUCCUCGCGGCGAUCGCCGACGCGCACGAGUACCUGGGCCCGGGCACGAGCCGCUACGACCCGGCGGACUCGGGCGACCGGUCGCACGUGCAGCAGACGCUCUUCGCCGUCGAGAUCCUGUCCAAGGACGAGCAGCUGAGCUGCGCCUGGUUCGCGACGGCGGGCUGCACGGCGUCCAUCGCGCUGAGCUCCAUGAUCGCCCAGGCGCAGUUCCUGGCGCCCGCGGGCGCGGACCCGGCGCUCGCGCUCGCGGCCUUCUCGCGCAUCUUCGACGGGUCCUACCUCAACGCGUCGGCGGACUACGACCUCGAGGCGUUGAUGGACGCGGCGUCGGGCCGCGCCUACGGGUCGCGGCCCGCGGACGCGUUCGAGAUCGCGCCCGGCGCGAGCUCGUGCGCCUUCAGCGCGGGCAUCUACGGCGAGCGCAACGCGACGCGCCUCCCGCCGGGGUCGGGCGCCUUCUCCGAGGGCUCGGGCCCGAACGCGACCUACGGCCGCAAGUGGGCCUGCGCGUGGCUCCUCGAGGGCGGCGCGCGCACGGAAAUCGUCGUCGGCGACCACGCGAUCUGGCACGGCGACGCGCUCAGAUUCUACGGCGGCAACUCGUCCGACGGCGAGCCCCUCGGCAGCCUCACGGGCGCGGGCGCCGGCGUCGUCGUCCGCCACGACGGGCCCAUCUUCGUCGAGUGGCUCACGGCGUCCUUCGAGGCGCUCGCGGGGACGGGCGACCCGGCCUACGUCGCCUCGAUCCGCGAGCUCCGCGCGCCGCUCGGCGCCUACGCGGGCGCGCUCGACGCCGACGGCUGGGCCGCGACCUACGACUCCGACGCGGCCGCGUGCGGCGACUGCUCGGGCCGCGGCGCCUGCGACGCCGCCACGGGCCUCUGCCGCUGCGACGCGGGAUUCGGCGGCGGCGACUGCGCGCGCGAGGCCUGCUUCGGCACGACGCGCGCGCCGGAGGGCGCGACGGCCGGGUCCUUCGCGUCGCAGCCCGGCGCGCCGCUCGCCGGCACCUACGACAACGACCUCGCGUGCGCCUUCGCCGUGGCCGCGGCGCCGGGCCGCGUCGUCGUCUUCGAGAUAACCUACGACCUCCAGGAGACGUUCGACUUCCUGAGCGUCGUCGCCGCGGGGUCCGCGCCGACGCGCCUCACGGGCGCGGGCGCCGCGACGCUCGCCGCGGCCGCGGGCGACGACGGCGAGGUGCGCCUCGAGCUGCUCACGGACGCCAUCGGCCGGGCCGGCGGCUUCGCCGCGGACUUUUACGUCGUCGACGCCUUCUGCGACCACGACGCCACCUGCGGCGGCCGCGGCGCCUGCGGCGACGACGGCGCGUGCGCGUGCGACGUCGGCUGGACGUCCCUGAGCUGCGGGUCGCCGCGCUGCGCCUUCGACGGCGACGUCGCGGGCGACGUCAUCGACUUCGCGUCGCAGCCCGAGGGCCGCGCCGUGCCCGCGUUCGCCGCCUGCGCGAGCUCGCUGACCGUGGCGUCGGCCGGCGCCGUGCGCUUCGACGUCGAGACCUUCGACCUCGAGCCGGACUCAGGCGACGCGAUGACGAUCUCGAGCAACGGCGCGUCGCUCUUCACGCUGCGGACCGCGACGUGCGAGUUCGACGAGAACUGCGGCGAGGAGUGGAUGACGGGCGUCUGCGCGGACGGCCUCUGCGGCGUCCGCGAGCUCCUCGAGGUCGACGUCGCGGCCGGCGACGUGCUCACGCUGUCCUUCGCGACGGACCGGUCGGACGACGGCCACGUCUACGGCGGCGCGCGCGUCUACGGGGAGAAGGUCGUCGCCUGCGCCGAGGCCGGGGGCCGCUGCCCGGACAACGGCGGCGUCUGCGUCGGCGGGCACACGACGAUGUGCUACGACAACGCGACGUUCCACCCCAACGACUGCUCCUGCGAGACGUCGUGCGACCGCGGGUUCUUCCUCGACUACGGGACGAUGUCGUGCCACGCGUGCCCGCCGGGCACGUCGCAGAACAACUCGCGGACGACCGACGGCCACAACUCGUGCAUCAAGUGCCCCGACGGCACCUACGCCCCCGACGCCGGGUCGCCGACGUGCACGUCCUGCCCCGCGAACGCGAUGACGUCCGGCGUCGUCGGCUCGACGGACGUUUUGGCCUGCAACUGCAUGCCCGGCCACUACUCGCGGACCUGGCCCGUCGGCGACUGCAAGUCGUGCGACGGCGAGUACGCGACGUGCGACGGGGGCCUCGCGCAGCCCUUCCCCGACCGCUACUACUGGACGAACCCCGUCGCGGACCACGAGGCGGAGGUGCUGCGGUGCCGCUUCACGUUCGUCUGCCUCGGCGGCUCGCGGCCCGCGGCGUGCGCCGGCGCCUACGCGGAGUCGCACAACGGCACGUGCCGCGGGCCCUGGGGCGAGCCCCUCGCGCUCGAGGCGCCGGAGAAGUGGUGCGACUACGGCAAGGACGCGUUCCAGCCCAUGUGCGAGGAUUUGGAGACGUCCGCGGACGGCGUGUCCUACUGGAGCUUCUCGACGCAGACGUACCGCUGCCCCGCGGAGGGGUACCGCACGGCGAAGACCGCGCUCGCCUGGUUCCUCCUCUUCCUGCUCUUCAUCUUCAUCAACGACGUCGUGCGGCCGCGCUUCUCCGUGCUCGACGUGGUGCUGGACUCGUUCCAGGACCUGGGGGUCAUCUCCGGCUUCUGGCUCUACUGGCCGCCGCAGCUCGACGCGCUCUUCGCCAUCUACAACAUCGCGCUCUUCGACGUCGACAUGUACCUGCCGUCCUGCUCCUUCCCCGUCUGGGGCUUCACGCACACGUUCUACCUCAUGAUCGCCAUGCCCCUCUUCUACGGCGUCUACGGCGUCUGCUACACGCUCGCGCUCACGGACCGCGGCGCCGAGGACUGGCUCGAGACCGUCGGCUCGACCAUCUCCUUCCUCUUCGGCUCGACGCCGAGCCUGCUGAGCUACACGCUCGGCACCUUCGCCUGCCGCGACAUCGUCGGCUACGGCUCCAUGCUCGUCGACGCGCCCGAGGAGUCGUGCUCGACGACCCAGGUCGCGAACAUGCGCCUCGUCGCCGUCGUCUACCUCGCCGUGCUCGUCGUCGGCGUGCCCGCGCUCGCCCUCGCGUACCUGGGCUUCCUCUACGCGGACCUGCGACCCGAGGCGCUCUACUGGGCCUUUGCCGCGCUCGUCAUCGUCUCCGUCGUGCUCUGGGAGUGGCCCUACACGCAGGCCAUCACGGGCAUCUUCGUGCUCCUCUCCGUCUGCGGCAGCGUCUGCGUCGUCCAGAGCAAGCUGAACCCGUUUCUCGAGCCCGUGCUGAACCUCUUCGAGCUCCUGGGCCUCUGCAUGUCCAUCCUCGUGCUCGCGCUGGGCAUGCUCACAACGUCCCAGGGCCUCAUCGCCGAGGCGUCGGAGACGCGCUGGUGGGUCUUCCUCUUCUACGUGAGCCAGGCGGGCUACGUCGGCCUCGCGGUGCGCUUCGCGACGGCCGAGGUCAACGACGUCGCGUCGCAGAACUACGCCUCCCGGUCCAUCACGACGGCGCUGAGGAAGCUCGCGAGCCCGACGCCGCGGCCGUCGCUGCUCCGCAAGAUGUCGAGCCGCCUGCUCGCGCCGUCGUCGCCGUCGACGCCGCCGAAGCUCCGCAUCGAGGGGCUCGGCGUCGAGGAGACGAAGGUCGCCGACCCGACGGGGUCGUCGCCGUCGUGGCGGGCGCUCGGGGGCGUCGCGGCGCGCGUCAAGCGCGACGCGUCGCGCACGGUCGCCGCCGCGGGCGCCGCGGGCGCGCGCACGGUCGCCGCCGCGGGCGCCGCGGGCGCGCGCACGGUCGUCGCCGCGGGCGCCGCGGGCGUCGCCGCGGGCACGCUGGCGGCGAGCGGCGCCAAGUCCGCCGUGGAGGCCGUCGGCAUCGACGUCGACCGCGUCAUCGGGGGCGUCUCGGACGUCACGGGCACGCUGGCGGCGAGCGGCGCCAACCAGGACCUCGAGCUCGUGCGCACGUUCAAGGGCCCCAUGCUGCGGUCGUUCUGCAUGUCGCCCUACUUCCGCGACGGCGGCGCGGCGGUGCUCGACGAGUGGGUCGCCCUCGAGGCCAUCAUGAAGCCCUACGUCGCGGACACGUCCAUCACGAACAACUACUCGAACAGCCACGAGGCGCGCUUCUACCGCAACAUCCUCGACGCGGUGCCCGUCCUGCUCGAGGUCAUGGUCGACGCGGGCGAGGACGCGCGGCGGACCAUCGCGGCGGCGAUCCACCUCCUCUCCGAGGAGACGCGCCGCCGCGACCAGUGGGGCGCGUCGCCGGUCAUCGCGGACAACAUCGAGGGCAUCGACCGGUCUUCCGUGCUCUACUUCCUCGUCAAGGGCGACCGCCAGGGCGCCGAGCGGCGCGCCGAGCGCCUCCAGGCCAUGAUCAAGCACCUCGUCGACGCGCACCCGCCGAGCCGCCGCGCGUACAGCGCGUACCUCAAGCACCGCUCCGCGUCGAACAUCCAGCGCGCGCUGCGCAAGGCCAAGUUCCGCGCCGUCAUCAAGGCGGCCCUCGCGACCGUGCGCAAGCCGGGCCCGCCGAGCUCCGUGUCGCUCGAGGUGAAGAACGACGACGCGACGCCGGGCGCCUACUCCUUCACGAAGCGCCUCUUCGAGACGGAGCCCGUCGCCGGCGGCGCGCCGGAGCCCAUCUGCUCCGACGGCGGCGGCGGGCUCUUCUCCUGCGACGGCAGCGACGCCGCCUGCGACCGCGACGACGGCUCGAUCCCCGUGCUGAACCUGGCGGACGUGCAGCACGCGCAGUAG